AUGGCGUGGUCUGAAGCGGAAGCGUUGUGCAAGAGCCACCCGGAGCACAAGCAGCCGGCGGGGGUCUGUUCGUGUUGCCUUCGAGAACGCCUCUCCAAGAUCUCCGGCGCCGUUAUGGAUUCCUCCACCAUGUCGUCUCCGGCCGCCGCCGCCGCGCCCUACAACUACUCCUCCGCCUCCUCUUCUUGUUCUUCCGGCUGCGUUUCCCCUCGCGGCCACCGCCGGAUAACCUCCGACGUGGCCGGCCGGUUCUCGUUUAUUACCGUCGGCGGAGGUGACGGCGGGUUGAAGAAGAGCAGAUCCAUCGCUUUCGCUGCGAGACGGCCGGCAAGAGUGCUCGCCGGCGGGAAGAAGAAAGAAGGGUUCUGGUCAAAGCUGAUUAAAUCCACGGGUAGAAGGACCAAGAAGGCAAUCUAG